AUGCGCUUGGAAAGCAAGGGCAUUGGUACUGGCAAGGUGCGCCGCGGCUCCCGCUAUUAUUCCAGCCUUGUUGUUAAAUCUGACAUUAACUCGACAGUGGCGGCCACUUCAAUCGCGCUUUAUGACCAUAUUACGACUCUUGACCUGGAGGUCGAGCUAAUUUGGAAAAAGAAGUUUUCUGUGGUCCAGCUCCUGUUCAUCCUCAGUCGAUACUCCGGUGACGCGUUAUUCCUGCACGGAACGGCUUACCAGCUAUGGCUGAAGGGAGAUGUCUUUACUCGAGGGUACGCCGCCAGAUUUUAA